AUGGAAUCGCUGGCUUCUGCUCUUGAUUGGAGGAAACUUUUCAAUGGAACGAAGGAGCAUGCCUUAGAUUUCUUUCCGCCUGAGGUUUUGGAGGGAACUGCUACUGUCAAGCCUCCGUCCGCUGUUUUUGAGGAAGGGAUCGCUGAAUGGAGUUGUGUUGUGGUAGGUCAAUUUAUUGGAUCUCCUCCUAAUUUUGGAUCCAUGCAGAGGAUUGCUGAGAUUCUGUGGGGGAAGCUGUCUUCGGUCAAGGAUGGCUCUGUAGUGAUGAUUCGUGUCCAAGCUCCUUGGUUCCCUAAAUUCUGUACUCAGUGCAAUAUCUUUGGGCAUCAGACUCAGUCAUGUGUUGAGAAUACUAAAGCUAAGGGGAAAACUAAAGAUAAUUUGAUUUGGACGAGGAAAGAAAAUUCUAACCCAGGUUUUCUUGAGAAGUCAGACAAAACUGUCAAUGUUGUAGCUAAUUCUGCUGCACAUUGUGGAGAGGUGCCUAAGCUUUCAUCUUCUGAGCUAAAGGUUGGUGAUGCUGAGGAGCUGUCAGUUCAUGCUCUAGAAGAACGUAUAGGAGAUACAAUGCAAGUGAUUAUUGAGGAUAAUACUGGUUUCUCUCAAGAUCUUGUUAAGGUUGUUUCUGAUGUAACUGGCAAGAAUUUACAACAUUCUGUUGACCAAGUUGGUGAAGGCCUGUCAGGGGUUGCGGUUGAGAAGUCUUUGCCUUCAGUGGAUCUGGAGAACACUAGCUGCGGUGAGUUUCAUUCCCUGCAAGACUCUUUAGCUCAGAAGAAGAAGACACGUCGGAAGAAGAUGAUUAAUACAGGCUCAUCUAGUAAGAUGGACUCGCUUAUAGAAGGUGGUGUUAUUGAUGGAAAUAAAAAGACUAGGGCAACCUCCUUGGGGGUUGCAAUGCUCCUGAAUGAGAUUAAAUCUAAAAAGAAGGAACAUUUUGUGAAGGCUAAAGAAAUUGGGAACUUAGCAAAUAAUUAUGAGUUCUCUGAUGGAGGUAGACUUUGGUUACUUUGGAAAAGGGGUCUACCUUUCUCUGUUCUUAAGGGUUGUGAUCAGGCUAUCUCAAUUAUUGGUGAUGUGGUGGGUUAUAGGAUGGUUAUUAUUGUUGUAUAUGGCAGUAACAACAGUCUGGUGAUGAGAGGCUUAUGGGCCCAUCUUAAGAGCUUAGAAUCUGAUGUUGGUUCAUCUUCUUGGGUGAUUGGGGGAGAUUUUAACAUCUUUUCAAGUGCUCAAGAGAGUUAUGAUUUUGGUGGUUUGGGUAUGUACAAGAAUUCUGACAUAGAUGAUUUUAAGGAGUGUUUGGUGGAUUUGGAACUUCAAGAUCAUCCAUACAUUGGUCCUCUUUUUACUUGGUCCAACAAGCAAGAAAAUUCCUUCUUAGCUCGCAAGCUAGAUAGAGUUUUAAUAAACCCUCAAUGGUUAUUUGAGUUUACAGACUCUGCUAUGGAAUUUAAAGCCCAGGGUGUUUCAGAUCACUGUCCUGGUGUUAUUUGGACUCAGAAAAAGGCUCAGGUUCAUAAGCCAAAGUCGUUCAAGUUUUUUAAUUGUUGGACUGCUAAUGAGAAUUUCCUGAGAGUUGUUAAAGACUCUUGGCAAGAGCAAUAUGGGGGAAAUACUAUGCAGCUGCUUUUUAAUAAAUUGAAGAGGUUAAAGCCAUUAUUAAAGGAAUUAAACAGUAGCUAUUUUUCAGAUAUUUCUAGCAUAGUAGCUAUUAAGAGGGCUGAGCUGGAAUCAAUUCAGCUUUUUAAUCUUGUUCAUGUGGAUCAAAAGAGGCUGGAAGAGGAGAGUAAACUUAGAUAUGAUCUAGUAGCUCUUGAAGAUGCUGAAUCUGAAUUUUAUAAACAAAGAGCUAAGGUCCACUGGUUACAAGAAGUUGAUUUGAACACUAGGGUUUUUCAUCAGAGAGUAGAAGCAAACAAGAAGAGGAACACUAUUAAGGUUAUUAAAGAUGAUGGUGGGAUUUAUCAUGAAUCUUUUGAGAAUAUGGCUGCUGUUCUGGAGAAAUUUUUCAAGGAUCUUAUUAGAACUGCUGACUCUAGUGUGAAGGGUUGUUCUGCUGAGUGGCUUAAAUCUUUCCUGACUUAUUCCCUUCCUGCUGGUGCUGCUGAUGUUCUUACUGCUGGGAUCACUAAUGCUGAGAUCAGAGUUGCAUUGUUCAGACAAGGAAACAAUAAAAGUCCUGGAUCUGAUGGCUACACUUCUUGGUUCUUCAAGGCUGCAUGGGAGAUUAUUUGUAAUGAUUUCUUUAAUGCUGUAAGGUACUUUUUUCAAACUUCAACCCUCUUGCCUGCCUUUAAUGUCACUGUCUUAUUCUUAGCCCCUAAAUCCUUAAAUGCAUGCAUGGCUAAGGAUUUUAGGCCCAUCUCUUACUGCUCAGUGAUUUACAAGACAAUCACUAUAAUUUUAGCUUUUAGAUUAGCUUUGUUCUUCCCUGACAUGAUCUCUCCUAACCAGUCAGCAUUUUUUAAGGGUAGAAACAUAGCUGAUAACACUUUGCUUGCCCAAGAAAUUGUAAGGGGAUACUCUAGGAAGAAUCUAUCUCCUAGAUGCACUAUUAAGAUUGAUUUGCAAAAGGCUUUUGAUUCAAUUUGGUGCAAGGGGGUGAGGCAAGGGGAUCCUCUAUCCCCUUAUCUCUUUGUUAUUGUUAUGAAUGUAUUAUCUGCCCUUUUGAAUACUGCAACAAUGAAUUAUGUUUUCAUAUUUCAUCAUAAGUGCAAAAGAAUUCCCCUCACUCACCUAUGUUUUGCUGAUGACUUACUUUUGUUUUGUCAUGGGUCUUUGGAUGCUAUAUUGGGAGUAAUUAGUACUCUUGAAAAGUUUUAUGAACUCUCAGGUCUUAAGUUGAAUGCUUUGAAGACUGAGUUGUUUGCUUGUGGAGUGGCUAGGAAUGAGCUUGAUUUGAUCCAAAGUGCUACUGGUUUUAGGAUAGGUCAGCUUCAUGUUAGGUAUCUUGGAUUACCCUUGGUUACUCGUAAGCUCACAAGUAAGGACUGCUCGGCUUUACUUGUGAAAAUCAAAGGGGUUAUGAGGGAUAUUGAGAAGAUUUGCUUGAGGUUUUUCUGGAAGGACAGUGAUACUUCAGCAAGAGGGGAUAGAGUUAGCUGUAAUCAGGGGUCCUUAUGGAUUGCUUGGGUGAAGACUUACUGUUUUAAAUCAGUACACUAUCGGGAGGUUAAUAGCAAAUCUCACUUCAGUUGGAUUAUUUACAAACUGAUCAAGAUGAGGGAGGAGGCUAGAAGAUUUUUCAGUCUUAUGGCUAAUUUGUCACAAAUUAAGGGCAGAUGGAUUUGGGACAAUAUCAUAGAAAUGAGAGAAAAGGUGGAAUGGCAUCGGUUGAUCUGGUUCCCAGCUCAUGUUCUUAAAUUCUCUAUGGUUGCUUGGAUAGUGCUGCUGGAUAGACUGCCAACAAAGGACAGACUUGGGCAUUUUGGUAUUGUUACUGACAAUUUAUGUGGAUUGUGUGAGGCUAAUCAGGAAACUCGAAACCAUUUAUUCUUGGAGUGCUCCUAUGCGUGUGAGGUUUGGCGUGUAAUUAUGCUCACUUGUGGUCUGCAUCACCAAAUGCCGAGAUGCUGGGAUGAUGCUAUACGCUGA